AUGACCGAACAAAAUAAAAAGGUCCGGAUUGUUCUGGUGGGGAAGACGGGAGCUGGGAAGAGCGCAUCAGCAAACACCAUCCUGCGGAGAAAAUAUUUUGAAUCCAAAAUUACCUUUAUUUCUGUGACAUCAACUUGUGAAGAGAAAAGAGGAGAGAUGAGAGGGCAAAGUGUAGCUGUUAUCGACACACCAGGCUUGUUUGACACCAAGUUAACACGAGACAAGGCACUGAAAGAGAUCUCACAGUGCCUGCUAUUCUCUGCUCCUGGUCCCCAUGUGUUCCUGGUUGUGAUCCAGCUGGGAAGAUUCACUAAAGAGGAGCAGGAAACUGUGGAGAUGAUUCAGACAUUAUUUGGUGAUGAAGCAUCGAAAUACACCAUGGUUCUCUUCACACAUGGAGACCUUCUUGAUGAUGUAACAAUUGAAGACUUCCUGCAUGGAAAUCCAGAUCUGGAACGUUUAAUUGCCAAAUGUAAUGGGGGAUAUCAUGUCUACAAAAAAAAAGAACUGAAUCCCUCCCGGGUCACUGAGCUGCUUAAUAAGAUUAACAUGAUGGUGAAGAUGAACGGAGGAAGAUACUACACCACUGAGAUGUUCCAGGAGGCAGAGAGAGAGAUUGAACAAGAGAAAGAGGGGAUCCUGAAAGAGAACGAAGAGCAGAGAUGCAGAGAGAUGGAGGAACUCAAGGCAAAGUUUGAAGGAGAAAAGCUGACAAGGAACCAGGAAGGUGAAGCUGGGAAGAGCUUGACAGCACUCCAAAACCCAAACAUGACCGAACGAAAUAAAGAGGUCCGGAUUGUUCUGGUGGGGAAGACUGGAGCUGGGAAGAGUGCAUCAGGAAACACCUUGCUGGGGAGAAAAUAUUUUAUAUCAGAAAUGUCCUCUUUUUCUGUGACAUCAACAUGUGAUAAGAAAAGAGGAGAGGUGGGUGGGCAAAGUAUAGCUGUUAUCGACACACCAGGCUUGUUUGACACCAAGUUAACACAGAACAAGGCACUGCAAGAGAUCUCACAGUGCCUGUUUUACUCCGCUCCUGGUCCCCAUGUGUUCUUGGUUGUGCUCAAGCUGGGAAGAUUCACUGAAGAGGAACAGAAAACUGUGGAGAUGAUUCAGACAUUAUUUGGUGAUGAAGCAUCGAAAUACACCAUGGUUCUCUUCACACAUGGAGACCUUCUGAAAGAUGAUAAUGUAACAAUUGAAGACUUCCUGCAUGGAAAUCCAGAUCUAGAAAGUUUAAUUGCCAAAUGUAAUGGGAGGUAUCAUGUCUUCAAAAACAAAGAUCAGAAUCCCUCCCAGGUUGCUGAGCUGCUUGAGAAGAUAAACAAGAUGGUGAAGAUGAAUGGAGGGAGCCAUUUCACCACUGAGAUGUUCCAGGAGGCUGAGAGAGCGAUUGAAGAGGAGAAGAACAGGAUCCUGAAAGAUAACGAAGAGCAGAGACGCAGCGAGAUGGAAGAAUUGAAGGCAAGGUUUGAAGGAGAACGUCUAAGAGAAGAAGUAGAGAAGCUGAGGAGAAAACAGGAAGGUGAAGCUAGAAAGAAUGCAGAGAAUACAAACCGCUUAAGGGCAGGUGCUGGAAUCGGAGCGAUUGUGGGAGUAGUUGGAGGCCCAGUUGGUAUGGCAGUUGGUGCAGCAUUGGGAGCGUCAGUGGGAGCUGUAGUAAAUGCAUGCAGUACUCAAUGAGAGUCCAUAGCUAACAGUGCUGUACCUUCUACAAGUUGUUUGACUUUAUUACUUGAUAUUUAAAGCUUCCUCUAUAUACACCAAGUAUACCAAACAUAUACCAACAAAGCUCUUCAGCCAAGCUAGAGAACACCAGACAUGAAUUCACAAUUUACAGGAUAGGACGCUUGCACAUGUAUAUUAGUCAUAACUACUUACAGCAUGAACAUAAAGAUAUAUCUGGGUAUUGCACAUUUGAGAGCACAGAAUUGAAUAGUUCCCUCAGUAAAGGUGAAAGUUAAGUGUAUUUCUGCCUGUCAAGCUAAAAAGCGAUAUGCUACUGUAAGAUUAAUUUACAGUCACAGCUCACAUUGCUGUCUCAGAAGCAUGAUGAAUGGAGAUGAACUAUUUAACCAUUGCUAUUCAUGUCAUAGU